GGCACAUCAGCUUAAGAACUCAUUCAUAUUUCUUACAACAUGGGCGUCCUCCAUUUGCUCCUCUACCCUCUACUCCUCUCGUCACUUCUGCUCGCCUGCCAUUGCCGCAACCUCAACAGAAAGCUACAUGUCGUUUAUAUGGGAGACUCUCCCAAAGAAGGAUCAUCCAUCGCAGCUAAGCACCACGCCAUGUUGCAUCGAGCUCUCGGCAGCGCGUCGUUGGCGAAGGAGUCGCUAGUUUACAGCUACGGCCGAAGCUUCAAUGGAUUUGCAGCUAAGCUGACAAAAGACGAGGCGGAAACAAUUUCAGAAAUGGAAGGCGUAGUUUCGGUGAAUCCUAACCGUAUAUUCAAGCUUCACACCACACGUUCGUGGGACUUUGUGAAUCUCACAACGAACAAACUUGGAGCUCCUCCAGAAUCCGACGUCGUUAUAGGACUCCUAGACACAGGAGUUUGGCCGGAGCAUCCGAGCUUCAACGACUCCGGGUUCAGCGCUCCACCGGCGAAAUGGAAGGGCGAAUGCACGAGCAAGAACUUCACCUGCAACAACAAGAUCAUCGGAGCGCGUUUCUACGACAGUGACAACGCAUCAGACGUCACGGACAUUAUGUCUCCGCGGGACACCGAAGGUCACGGGACGCACACAGCCUCGACUGCUGCAGGGGUCGAGGUCGAUGCGAGUUACUUUGGUCUAGCCGAGGGUGUUGCGAGAGGAGGCGUACCGAAUGCGAGAAUUGCCGUUUAUAAAGUCUGCUGGGCUUUCGGCUGCGGUUCCGCAGACAUCCUUAAAGCUUUCGACGACGCGAUAGCGGAUGGAGUCGAUAUCAUUUCUGUUUCUCUCGGAUCGUCGUACCCGAGCGACUAUUUCGACGAUCCGAUCGCCAUCGGAUCUUUCCACGCCAUGAAAAAGGGAAUCCUUACGUCGAACUCGGCUGGCAAUUCCGGGCCUUAUCCCGUCACCGUCUCCAACUUCGCGCCGUGGACACUCACCGUCGCGGCGAGCACCAUUGAUAGGAAGUUCGUCGCGAGGCUGCAGCUCGGCAACGGUUUAAUCCUAACGGGGAUAACGAUCAACGUGUUCGAUCUCAACGGGACGACGUACCCUUUGAUAUGGGGAGGCGUUGCUGCGAACUACACGAUUGGAUCAAGCCCUGAUUAUUCCAGAUAUUGCUUCCCUGGCACGAUGAACGCUAACAUGGUGGCUGGAAAGAUCGUGUUCUGCGAAGCCCUCGGGGAUGGCUCUGCGAUUAUCGAAGCCAACGGCGCCGGCCAAAUUAUGUCCGAUGUGCUCGUCGAGAAUAUGGACGUCGCCUUUAGUUGGUCGUUUCCUUCGACGUUGAUCAGCCCUGAAGAUGGAAAGCUCGUAAAAGAAUACAUAACGAGCUCGGAGAAUCCCACGGCGACGAUCUUCUUCAGCGAUGCGUGGAAAGAUGCCAUGGCGCCCGUCGUCGUUUCAUUCUCUUCUAGAGGACCGAGCGCGAUCUCUCCCGACAUCCUUAAGCCGGAUAUCACGGCGCCCGGCGUCGACAUUCUAGCCGGAUGGUCGCCAUUGUCGGGAUCAUCAGUCUACUACGGCGACACUCGAAGCACACUCUUCAACAUCAUUUCAGGCACGUCGAUGUCCUGCCCACACGCCAGCGGCGCUGCGGCAUACGUCAAAGCCGUGCACCCCAACUGGUCACCCGCCGCGAUCAAGUCCGCGCUCAUGACAACAGCUCGUGUCAUGGACCCGAGCAAACACGACGAUCUUGAAUUCGCCUACGGCUCAGGGCAGAUCAACCCUGCUGAUGCUCGGGAUCCGGGCCUCAUAUUUGACGCCACUGAGGCAGAUUACAUCAACUUCCUCUGCAAACAGGGAUACAACACUACCACCCUCCGGAUAGUCACCGGAGACAACAGCACCUGCAACAACGUCACCCCGGGGAGAGCCUGGGACCUUAACUACCCGUCGUUCUCUUUAUACGUCGAGGAAGGGCAGACAAUUUCAGGAACCUUCACCAGGACAGUGACGAAUGUCGGCGAGGCGAACGCCAACUACACACCUGUUAUAUACAUCCCAGCGUUGAUCGAUGUCGUCGUUGAGCCUCCUGUCCUCGCAUUCUCGGCUGUUGGAGAGACCCAAACCUUCACCGUUAACAUCACCGGGCCUGCCAUUUCGCAGCAUCCGAUUAUCUCCGGAUCCAUCACAUGGAAGGAUGAGAGUCAUGCGGUUAGGACGCCGUUCGUCGUCUACAACUACCUCCCCGGCGCGCCUUACAACCUUGAAUACGAUCAAUCUAAUGCUUUCCCAAGUUUCCAGAAGAACAGUGUCUACCAAAGGAAUGGAUUCAUGGGACGAGGUAGGGCGCACCCGCGGUUAGCUAACUAGAGGUCGAUGAAGUAGCUGAGAAUGUACUAAUAACUGUGUGGUUCUUAUGAGGGAAUGUAAGCUUGAACACUGCAAAUGGCGUGUUUGAGGUUUCGGCAGAAUUUGUCAUGGCAACCAUAAGUAGGGGAAUAAGCUUUUUGCACCUAUGGG